AGCCACCCAGGCACCAACCCCCUCCCCCACGGUCAGCUUCUAAGUCUGUAUCGUGGCCCCGUAACAUGAUGGCAGCUGCUUUAUUGUUAAGGUUGAUUUACUUUUGAGAGAGACAGAACAAGUAGGAGAGGGGCAGAGAGAGAGGGAGACAGAAGAUCCAAACCAGAUUGGGCUGACAGCGCAGAGCCCAGUGCGGGGCUUGAGCUCACGAACCUCGAGAUCAUGACCCGAGCAGAAGUCUGACGCUUAACGGACUGAGCCACCCAGGCGCCCAAUAGCUGCUUUUUGAAGAGUAAGUACCUCUGCCACAGAAGACAGGGCCUUGCUCCAGACCGUUAUGGGUCUAUGCUCGGAUCCUUCCACUGAGGUUUCCCAGACUCUUCACAGCAUCAUUAUUAUCUACCAUGGACAGAUCCUCUCGAGCCUUUAGGUUGGCUGUGUCUUAUGGCUGUAAUGGCACAGCAGUUUGCUCUGCGCCCCACUCAAAACAGGUCAUGCCUGUGUGUCCCAAGACCUGCUUGAGCAGACAUUCCACCAAUUCAGUGAUCUACUCAGCAUCAUGCCAAAUACAUCCCUUUCCUUGUUGGAGUUAGUGGCUGUUUCCUUUUGCCAUCAGAAAAUCCUAACAGCCUUUUGCCUCGUUGCGUCCGAGAGAACAAAAUGGGUCACCAGCAGCUCUACUGGAGCCACUGGAGGAAAUUUGGCCAGGGUUCUCAGUCUUGCUGAAUCUGCUUAAACCACCACAGUCUGAUCCGGAAACCCGGCCUUAAUGUGUGCCGCUGGUGUUUCCAUCAGUGCUUGAAAGACCCAGGCUUCAUUAAGUUGGAUUUGGUGAACUUCCUUGAAUGGGUCAUCCAAGAGACCUACCUUAACUGCACAGAUCCAAGAUGCCUACCUUACUGCUAACUCGUUGUACAUAAAAUAAAAUAAAACCACUUC